UUAAUACCAUGCUGAGGGUGCAAAUAAUGCAUACGUUCCAUAUCAUUCAACUCUGGACCACCAACAAGUAUAUAUUUACAUCCACAUCCAAUCCUUUGAUUUUUUUUGUAUGAACUGGAUAAUUAGCCUUCACAUCUCAGAAAGUGACGGUAUACGGAGAUUAUUCCGAGUAGCAUAGUUCUCACACCAUCCAAUCACGUGUGGUUUCCCGGUGCUUCCAUAGCGGCGAACAUCGUUGGAUACUGUCGGUGCCAGGCCUCACGGUGCAAUCGUCAAAUGGUCUCCUGCAUGUAGAAGCUCCUUUACAAUGACGAAUUCACCCAGAUCGCCGAUUGAGACUCUGGAGAUCGAGCACCUUCCCGAAUCCCGGGAAGGUGGCUGGGGUGUCGUGGUGGUCGUUGCUACCUUCUUCAUCAACGCUCUCGUGUUUGGUCUGUUGCGAUGUGCAGGUGUCUUGUAUCUGAGCUGGACGAAUGAAUUCCAGACCAGUGCUAAGGAAACUGGGGCAGUCCAGAGUAUCCUGUCUGCCCUGCUGUGUUUCAGCGGCCUCGCAGGUGCUGUUCUAUGUAAACGCUUCGGCUGCAGGUUUUCGGGAAUUCUAGGAGGAGUCCUCUCAUCUCUUGGUCUCCUCUGCAGCUUCUGGGUGCAGAACAUAUUUCAAUUGUACAUCACAGUGGCCGUAGCAGGUGCUGGUGUCGGAAUUUCAUACAACUCUGGAUUAGUUGCAGUGGCCAUGUACUUCAAAAAGAAGUACAAAACAGCCAACGCAGUGGCCUUCUCUGGUGUGGGGACAGGAAUCAUGGCCGCUCCUCCAAUAUUUCAAGUCCUGUUGGACAACUACGGUUGGAGAGGAACUCUUCUCAUAAUCUCCGCAAUUAUGGCCAAUAGCAUUGCAUGCUGUGCUCUUUUCAGGCCUCGGCUUGGAAUUCGGCAAAUUAAAAACAAAGUUACUGAUCAAGAACCAGAAUUUGGGAUUGACGAACAAACGCAAGAGGGGCAAACAAGUGUCCUACAUACGAGUGGCAGCGAUGGGAUGGUCUCCCAGACAUCAACCAAUGGUUUGAUGUCUUCGGAUGUUUUGGGUGUGCGCGAAGGUUCCAAUGAAAAAUCCUACGUAUCCGUGGACCAGAUUGGUAACCGUGAAUAUGUGUCGUUUAAAGACUCAAGAAAACAGAAGAAAACUGGAAGUCUGUCACGCAGGUUGUCUUCUGAGCUUGGGAUAAGAGUUUUAUUAGGUAGCUAUCGCCUCCUCCUGUUAUGUGUCCUUUCAAUUGAAUUCAGCAUUCCGUACAUUUCGUUUCUGCUAUUCGUCAUUCCCCGUGCACAAAGCAUCGACGUGGCACCCUCCAGUGCUGCGUUCCUCCUCAGUAUUCUAGGCAUUGGGAGUCUACUCGGACAGCUUGGUAACGGAUUAAUGCUGAGCUGCAGGAUCUCAGCAGAACACGUGCUGGCAAUCUGCGUGGCUUUGGCCGGUGUUUCGUUGCUUGUACUGAACGUGGAUGGCUACGUGUACCUAGCCAUUGCUUCAUUCCUACAGGGCUUUACCAGCGGGGCCUUCUUCGCCAUAGCUUCCGUCUUGAUACGGCGCUUCGUGGGUUUGGAGGGGUUUGCUGUGUGUACUGGAUGGUACCACAUAUUUGUUGCCUUUGGUGAUCUACUUGGACCCAUUAUAGCAGGUUGGCUGUUCGACGUGACGGGAAGCUACAAGACAGUGUUCUUCGCAUUAGCGGGGAUUAACUUCGCCUGCUCUCUGCAAAUGUUUCUUUUUCCUGUACUUAAGCGACUGGAAACAAGGAAAGAGGGUAAAUCAUCAGAAACACACGAGGAAGGAUGAACUAUAUCUAAAAUGUUAUUCAUAUCACUUUUGUGGAUAUAUGAAUGAUUACAAUAUCGACGAAAGCAAACUGCUAAGAAUGCAUUGCAUCGAACAUAGGUAACCAGUAUACAUUGUUUAUAAGGGCAGUUACAUAAUAUCAUAAGGGACAUACUUUUCGCCGUCUUUUUUAGUGGAAGAUAUCUUUCAGCAGUUUCUCCUGGUAGUUUAUAACGAUGAGUUGAUUGGAAUUGCUAUUGCUUUGAGACAUAAAAGAAAUCAUCACCAUUGAGUCAAAAAGAUCUUGCGUAUACACCAAAAUAGUUUCAAGCCUCCGUUUGCUUUGACCUAAAAGGUCAUGACAAAUAUACAAAGUCUGUAUCAAGAACAAAUUACCUAUAAUGAUUUUUAAUAUAUACAUUUGAUAUUAUUUUUGGAAUGUGUAUAAUGACCUCCUUGCCUAAAGGCGAUACUGACAUAGUUUGCGUUGGCAUUGAAACAGUGGAACAAUCAUGAGCUUAGACCAUUGGGUUUUUGACGUUAUGGUUAAGCAACACAUGCAGGUGAGUCUUUACUUCAUAAUUGUAGUCCCGAUUUUGUUCCAAUGUAGUGAUGUUGUGCAAAGAGCGAAAAGUCAGGAAUAUGAGGAUCUAUUAAAGUAAAGGUAUAAAGGUAGGAGUAAAGGGGACGAACCUGUGUUUACAGGAACGGAGUGCCCAUCUCUCUUUCGUUAGCGUUUGGGCCAGACUCGAUCCACGGAUUGCUGCUGUGGGGGGAAUCGCCACACCUCCUCCACAGCGAGUCUGUAAC